AUCAUUUCAACAUUUAUGUUCCUAUCAUCAUCAUUACAAAUGUUUAGAACGUUUCAAUUGAUUCUAAUCAUUUGUUGCAUCAUUCCAUGGAUUUCAUCAUCAUCAUCAUCCUUUGAUAAUUAUUUACAUAAACAUUAUCACAAUAAUCAUCAUCAUCAUAAUGAUGAAAACGAAUUAAAUCAUUAUCGACAACGUAAUGAUUAUUUGAACAUCGAAAAUGAUGAUAAUGAUCAUUCAUAUCAGAAUAAUAUCUAUGAUCGUAUACGUAAACAUCCACGUUCAUUAAUUGAUGAUGAAUCGACAUCAUUUUCAUUAGUAGCAGAUGUUCAUGAAACAAACCUACCGGUUUCGGAUAUUAGUGUACAGCCAGAAUUGUCAUCAUCAAUAAUCGAUUUCAAUUAUAUUACGAUUGGUGAAAAUAAUAAUAAUAAUAAUACCGAUGAUAUAAAUCAUUUGUCAACAAUUGGUAUUGAUGGUGAUGAUGACACAUCGAUUACAUAUGAUGAUCGUCUUUGUCCAAGAGAUCGUGAAGAAGCUAAAGCUCGUGGCCAAUCAUGUUUACGUAAAUGUAAUUCACAUAAAGAUUGUAUAUCAUCAAAACGUCGUUGCCUUUGUGAUGGUCUUUGUGGUUGGAGCUGUAUACGACCAGAUUUAAAUUGUGAAGAAUUACCAGGCGUCGCUAACAGCCGUUACACAUUAACAAAUGGAAAUUUUUUCCAUUCAAAAUUAAUCUACGAAUGUGACCCCGGUUAUAUUAUGUCCGGUACUGGACGUGAACGUAUUUGUCAAGGUGAUGGUUCCUGGAGUGGCUGGCCACCACAAUGUAAAACAAGACCUGUUUGUGGAACGCCACCAUUCAUACCACAUUCAAAACAUUCCGAUUUAGUUGGCACCGAAUUUGAGCUAAAUAAAACAGUUACAUAUGAAUGUUUCAAUGGUUAUGAACCAAAUGGUUCAACUGAAGCCGUAUGUGUCCAUCGCAAUGAUACCGUUUUUUGGUCGAUCGAUUUAAUUUGUGUUCGUAAAAAUUGUGGUGAUCCAGGAAAUAUUGAAAAUGGUUAUCGAAAAAUAUCCGGUUAUGUAUUCACAUCGAGUGUUAAUUAUUUUUGCAAUGAUGGUUAUAUAUUGGCUGGACGUGCAUUGCGUUAUUGUCAAUCGGAUGGACAUUGGGGCGGAGAAUUACCUGUAUGUAAACCUGUAAAAUGUAGCCAACCGAAAGAUCCACAGAAUGGUCGAGCUUUCUAUGACAAUUAUACCUAUGGUUCAAUAGUUAAAUAUCAAUGUAAAAGUAAUUUUAAACUUCAUGGACCACAAAAUCGUACAUGUCAAUCGAAUCGUGAAUGGUCGGGUGAUGAACCAGACUGUAAAAUAAUUGAUUGUGGCCAACCGGAUCCAUUUCCAAAUGGUUACAUUGAAAUUCAAUCAACAACGAUCGGUUCGACAAUUUAUUUCUAUUGUUUUGAUGGUAUGAUUUUUGAUGGCCAAUAUACAAAUAGUACAUGUACAAUAAACGGUACAUGGAAUCCAUAUCCAUUUCCCAAAUGUAUGGCUCCAUGUUCUGUACCACAAAUUAUCAAUGGUAUGGUUGAAAAUCUACCACCACGUACAAAGAUUCAACAUGGCCAACCAAUAAACGUGACAUGUAUACCAAACUAUGAUCUAGCAUAUCAAUCUAAUCCUAUUGUUUGCUAUAAUGGUAGCUGGUCACAAUCACCAAACUGUGUACCAGCACGAUGUAAAAAAUUACCAUUACGACCAAAUAAUGGUUUUGUCGUUGCACCAAAAACCGAACAUGGAAUGCGUGCCCUUUUCAUAUGCAAUGAUGGCUAUAUACUUGAAGGACCAAAUAUUACAUAUUGCCAUUUUGGCGUUUGGAAUAUAACGUCGCCAACCUGUAAUCCAAUUUAUUGCCCAUUUCCUGGCUAUAUUGACAAUGGAAAUGUUAUGCUUGUUGGUCAUAUGGGAAUGUAUGAUUAUCGUCCAUAUAUAAAGCAUGUCACCAAUAAUAGACAAAUAAUCUAUGAAUGUGAUCGCGGAUAUCAUAUUGUUGAGGGACCACCAGGUGCUACGUGUAUAGAUGGCCAAUGGUCUCCAUCUGAGUUACCUCGAUGUGAACUUUAUUCACAUCCAAAAUUAUUAAGAUGGAACCGUUCAGUCAAAACGUUGAUGCGAUAUAACGAAGAAUCGGAUACAAAUGAACGAUAUGAACAACAGGAACCAAUGACGACCAAAUCAAAACCAUCACACCAAAGAAGGCGGAAACGUCAUCAGAAUAGACCUUCCUGUACACGAUUACCGGAAAAAAAGUUGAUGAAAAUUUCAAUCGUACGCCUUGGGAAUGGUAAUGAUACAUAUCCACAUGGAACACGAAUACGUUUAGCCUGUGAUGAUGGCUAUGUAACAACAAAUCCGAAUCGUACAUUGAUUAAAUGUGCCAAAGGACGUUGGAAACCCGAAUUACCCGAUUGUGUUCCAGCACCGUGUAUAACACCAACAGUGCCAAAUGCACGUUUUCAUCUUCAUCGUCGGCUUUUACAACCGGGUGAAUUGGUUAAACACGAAAAUCGUAUUGAGUUUAUUUGUGAAGAAGGCUAUCAUGAACCAGUACCAUUGACAAACGUAACAUUACGUUGUUCAUAUGGAUCAUGGGAUUCAUUUUCAUCGAGUCAGAUUUGUGUACCAAAACCGUGUCGUUUGCAAAGGCGCCAUCUACCGAAUGGAUAUUAUCUUGAUCUUACAUUCGAUACAGACGGAACAUAUAUUGAACAUGAUAGUCUCGUAUCAUUCGAAUGUUUGCCGGGUUUUAAACCGAAUAAAACGGGUGAAUAUCGAUGUUCAUUUGGUAAAAUUGAACCAGAAUCACCUCAAUGUAUAACGGAAAAUUCUAAUGUUAUUCCUGAUCAAUCGACAACAGCAACGACACCGCCUUCGCAAAUUUAUAAUGAUGGUUCCGUUUCGAGUCGAUGUAGAUCACCGGAAAAAAUCGAAAAUGCACUAUUUUAUUUUGAUCAAUUACUUAGCCAACGCUUGACAUUGAUAGGUGUUGCACAAGUAGAUCAUGUAAUGUCCGCAUAUGAUGAUUUUAAUUUAACUAAUGGCCGAAAAUUGGACUAUCGCUUUGUUCAACAAUCAUCAUUACCAUUUGAAUAUGAUCAUGGGACGGAAAUUGUCUUUCGUUGUGUGACGUAUGCAUCGAAAAUGACAACCGAACAAAUUAAUGGUGAAAAUGAUUCGAUGGCCAAUCAAACAAAACCUACACGAAGUACAUGGAUAAUUCGUUGUGAAAACGGUAACUGGAUUGGACGAUCAUUUGAAUGUGAAAAUGAUUUCAUGGAAAUGGAACCUGAAGAAAAAGAUGAACUGAUAAUAAAAGAAUCGAAUGAUUUGAAUCUAUUUCAUAGUAUUAGUGGAAAUGGUUCAUGUAUGGCCUACACAAAUGAUUCUAAUAUUCGAAUGUAUAAUGGAGAACAGAUCAUUUCAAAUGGAACAUUCUUUGCGCACGGAACAAUAAUUAAAAUAAGUUGUUCAGAUAUUGGCCGUUAUCAAUUGAUUGGACCAAAAGAACGAUUCUGCCAUAAUGGUAUCUGGUCACGUAGUGAUCCAUAUUGUGCCGGUCUUUCACAGGAAUAUGAUUAUUCUUUGGAUAAACCGCCAACAAUAUUAUUUCGUAAUCAACUUGGGCCAAUUGCUCAAUCAUUUCAAGGAAAAUUGAUUGUUUAUCCGGGAACAAUUUUACAUUUAGAUUGUCUAUGGAAACGUAAAUAUGGUACACCGCAAUGGUCUUGGAAAUUGGCACAACGUCAAUAUCUUCAAUAUUGGACAACCGAUUCUUCGUUAGAAUAUCGGCUAACCAUUUUUCAUGCCCAGGAAAGUGAUUCUGGCCUGUAUACAUGCCAGACGCCUAAUCUACAUAUACAUACGAUCGAGAUUAAAGUUUUAGCAAUUCAUUGUCCUAAUUUAAAUCUGACAUCUGCGAUGGUCAAUAAUGCUGAUUAUAUAGAUGAUAGCAUUGAUGCAAAUUCGACAAAUUCUACAACAAUAAUACCGACAAUGUCAACAUCAUUAUUACGUAUAGCUGAAACAAUAACUAACGGAGAGAAUAAUAAUAAAAUGGGUACAAUGAUUCGUUUUGAAUGUAUACUUGGUACCAGUUUGGUUGGUUUGAAUUCAAUACAAUGUUUGCCCAAUGGUCAAUGGUCAGAUCCUAUUCCCACUUGUAAUGUCACACAAUGUUAUGAUCUGUCGUCAAAUUUAACGGCCAUCAUACAGCAAAUGAAUCAAUCAAAUAAUGUAGAAUUGCAAACAUCACAAAGAAAUUUGCCCAGGAUUGAACCAGCACAAAUUGUCGAAAUGAAUCGUACUAUUGGAUCAAAAGUUAUAUUCACAUGCCCACGUGGUUAUGGUCUACAGGGUAGUAAUCAUGAAUUAGAAUGUCUACCAUCCGGUCAUUGGUCUGGAUCGAUUCCAUAUUGUCAAGAAGUUCGUUGCGGUGAUCCGAUGGUACCAAAAAAUGGCUAUAUUGAAGGCAUAUCAAUGGAUCAACAAAUGAAUGUCUAUUUUGCCGGUGAUAUUGUUCAAUAUGCAUGUAAUGAUGGAUAUAUGAUUGAUGGUAAUCCGAUAUCAAUUUGCCAGGAAAAUGGACGUUGGUCUGGACCGAUUACAAAAUGUAAACCUUCUUGCAAUUAUCCCGGUCUGAUGCAUGGUUCAAGAUUAGUUUCGGAAGUGAAAUUUUUCUACGAAGUCAAUGAAACUAUAAAUUUCGAAUGUUAUGAAGGCACAAAAUUGAAAGGAAAUCGUUCAAUCAAAUGUAUAUCUAGUGGUCGUUGGAGUGGUCCAAUACCGGAAUGUGUUCCUAUCAAUAUGAUUUUAGAUCAAAAUGAUAAUAAUAUCGAUAUCUAUCAUUAAAAAUAGAUCUAUGAAGAAUGACGGAAUCGAUUUGCCGUGCCUUCAUUAAUCACACCAUCAAACCAUUUCUGUUAUC